GGAAUUAGCUGGCUAGUGGCUGGUGUUAAGACUCGUUAAGCUAUGGUUUAGUUACUUGUUAACUGGUUAUUCAUCGUUACAUUUAUUGUUUUCUCUGCGACUUCACGGCAGUUUACAAGGUCUGUGGUCCUGUGUAGGCUAUGGCGGAACACGCCUCAGAACCCUCACGCCCUCCGUCACAAGGGACGGCUGACAGGAUCUACCUGGACUACAACGCGACCACGCCCCUGGAGCCGGCUGUGAUCCGGGCCGUGUCAGAGGCCCUGCGGGAGGCCUGGGGGAACCCCAGCAGUUCCUACAUCGCAGGAGCUAACGCCAAGGCCCUGAUCAGUAAGGCCAGAGAAGACGUGGCCACAAUGGUGGGAGGGAGGGCCGAAGACAUUAUCUUCACCUCUGGUGGAACCGAGGCCAAUAACCUGGUGUUCCACAGCGUCUUGGAGGAGUUCAAGAGAAGCUCCACAGCAGAGAAGCUCCUGAACGGAGGGCCUGGCCUGCCCCACAUCAUCAUCUCCAACGUGGAGCACGACUCUGUCCAGCUGGUGGCGGAGAACCUGCAGAAGACCGGACAAGCUGAGGUGACGUGCGUGGCGGUCUCCACGGUUACGGGGCGGGUGGAGGCGGAGGACCUCCUGGCCGUCGUGAGGCCCAACACCUGCCUGGUCUCCGUCAUGCUGGCCAACAACGAGACCGGAGUCGUCAUGCCAAUCAGGGAGCUCUGCCAGAGGGUGAAAGCUAUCAACAAGCAGGGGCGACAUCCCAGAAUACUCUUACACACCGAUGCCGCCCAAGCUUUGGGGAAGAUCCAGGUGGAUGUGGCUGACCUGGGGGUGGAUUACCUCACCAUAGUGGGGCACAAGUUCUACGCCCCGCGUAUCGGAGCGCUGUACGUCCGCGGCCCGGGAGGCAGGACCCCUCUGUACCCCAUGUUCUACGGCGGCGGCCAGGAGAGGAACUUCAGACCGGGGACAGAGAACACGCCCAUGAUCGCAGGUCUGGGGAAGGCUGCAGAGUUGGUGACAGCCAAUCUCCAUGACUACGAGAACCACAUGAGGACGACCAGGCUUUACCUGGAACAACGACUCAAAGAGGUCUUCGGAGAGGAGAAGGUCCGCUUCAACAGCCACUUCCCUGGCUCUGACAGCCUCCCAAACACCUGUAAUGUCUCCCUCCUGGGCCCACAUCUACGAGGUCGUAAGGUGCUGUCCUGCUGUAAGACGCUGCUGGCCAGCGUAGGAGCGGCCUGCCACUCAGACCUCGGGGACAGGCCCUCCCACAUCCUGCUGAGCUGCGGCGUUAGCCCGGAGGUCGCGGCUAACGCGCUACGGCUGAGCGUGGGGCGCUCCACCUCCAGAGCGGACGUAGACGCGGUGGUGGAGGACCUCAGGAACACCGUCCGACUGCUGGAGGGUUAGGACGGGCCGGAGGGUGGGGUUCAGCUCUGACAGUUAGGAUGGACCAUUACCCUUCACUGAGGGGGGUUCAGCUCUGACAGCUAGGAUGGACCCUUCCAUUACCCUUCACUGAGGGGGGUUCAGCUCUGACAGUUAGGAUGGACCAUUACCCUUUACUGAGGGGGGUUCAGCUCUGACAGUUAGGAUGGACCAUUACCCUUCACUGAGGGGGGUUCAGCUCUGACAGUUAGGACGGACCAUUACCCUUCACUGAGGGGGGUUCAGCUCUGACAGUUUCGGAUGGACCAUUACCCUUCACUGAGGGGGUUCAGCUCUGACAGUUAGGAUGGACCCUUCCAUUACCCUUCACUGAGGGGGGUUCAGCUCUGACAGUUAGGAUGGACCAUUACCCUUCACUGAGGGGGGGUUCAGCUCUGACAAUUAGGACGGACCAUUACCCUUCACUGAGGGGGGGUUCGGCUCUGACAGUUAGGGUGGACCCUUCCAUUACCCUUUACUGAGGGGGGUUCAGCUCUGACAGGUAGGACGGACCCUUCCAUUACAGAUUAGGGGGGGAUUCAACUCUUGACCGUUGAGAUGGACCGUUACAUUCCAGAUUACUGGGGGUUUUAACUCGCAUUAGGGAUGGACUGUUCCGCUCGAGAUUAUGGUUUUCAUGUUGAGUUUUCGUGGGCCUAUUUAAUUGUUUUAUGCUUCAUGCUUUUGUAUAUAUUUUUUAAAUGAUCAAUAUGAAGUUUCCUAAAUCGUCCCCAAACUAAGGCUGAAGUUAGGUCUUCACUUGAAGUCUAACUGUACGUUCACACCAAAAUCUGUAAAAGAUGCAAACUCGCCGAUUAGCUCAAAACGCAACGCUGUCCAAAAUAUCUACAUUUAAGGAGCCGCGCUUAGUACUCAUAAAUUUGGUCAAUAGAAAAAGAAUAAUAAGCAUAAAUACACGAAACACUGAAUAACUAAUCAAUUCUCUCAUUUCAGCUUUACAGCUUUAAAGCUAUCGCUCAAGCGCUUUAUCGCUCCUAUCGCUUUAUCGUUCAUGUCUAAUAGAAGGUGAAUGGGCGUUUAUCGCUCAAAACGCUCUACACUUUUGAUGUGAACGCACAGUAAGAGCCAGUCAACACAAAACCGCCUCUGAUUUGUCUUGGUCAUUUGCCUUCUAUGAUCGUCAACAUAUUAAUCUAUGCCAUUGUAUCACUGUUACUGAAAUAAGUCCCCAAUUUAGAGAAAAUAAGGGAAAAAUACAAUGCGUUCACCAUUCUCUGCACACCCAAUGAGAACGUUCCACUGCUCAACGCAGGUGGCGUUCCUUCGUUACAUCAGACUACCUUCUCCGAGGUGGUCUGACAUCGCAACUAAGCUUCACCGGCGGCGUUGUUUUUUGUUGCAGGUUUUAUUAUUUAUUAGUGGAUGGACUUUGUGCUGGUAACUGUUCAAGAGAUCUUAAAGCCAGCAUUAAAAUUCUGAAUCUUAUCAUUGUUAUCAAUCUUCCUGCUGCAAUAAACUAUUUAUCUGAGUUGA